AUGGUCAAGCAGGAUGGGAGAGUUCGCAAGUGCUACUCACAUAACCGGCUCGACGCAUUCGCCUUUGUAGGGACGAUAGUGCCGAGGCCAUGUCGCCGUGCUAUCGGCCCUGUAGUGCCCCUGAUAAUGCCAACAAAUAAGAGGCGUGAGAGCAUCUCCCGCGUCGUCCGGCCCAUUACUGGAGUCAGGCAUCUCUUCAGAAUCCCCCCGCGGCGCGUGCAGUCCACGCCCUUGACACCGGAUCCUACUUCUUCCAAGCGGAAGGCUUCGACCUCAGCACCUUCUUCGCCGACGACCACCCGGUGUCCAAGCAAGCGCCCGGAUCUAGAGCUACCGGAGCGCCAUACUCCCAUCAGGGUCGCCAAGCCCGGACCCGCCGUCCUUUCGGAAGUCCCGUCACCUUCAGCUCCGCCCAGCCCGCCAUCAUCGGUCUCAGAAGACACUAGGGCGGCCCUUGACCCAAAGACCGAUUACGAUUCGGAAGAGCUUUCUUGCCUGAUCUCCUGCGAGGCUUCUCACAGCAGGACCGGCAGUCUGGCACCCGAUCAGAGCAGUGCUCGGGCUUCUGCCCGAGCGGUAGAUAAAAGGGAUGCAAACAACGUGCUGAAACUUAUUAAGGAAGUCAGGCGUGGCGAGUACAAGGUUGAGAAAGGCGGGCCACGUGGGAAGUACCUCGGAUUGGAGGAGGAGAAUUCGGAGGAAGAGAAUUCGGAAGAGGAGAGUUCGGAAGAGGAGAUUUGUGAAGAAGAAAGAUCAGGGGGGAAGGGUUCGAAAAAGAAGGCUCAGAAGAUCGAAACGUUGGAUGACUAUGUCAAGCACAGAGUCCGUGAGCAGGUGCAAAUAGCUAAGGAGAGGCUUGUUGAAGCGGAGAAGGAGUUGGCUGAUUUUGAAAAGAAGAUGGUGGAGACGAAGGCUAAGGUAGAUCGAGAAGCAGCUCCCGAGGUGGAGAAUGGCGCUCCAGAGAAGAGAUCUGGACAAACAACGGAAAAGGUCUUGGGUCAACGGGCUUUCCCCAAUUGUGCAAAUGGCAGCAUAAAGGAGAGAGGCGGCAAUACCACGCUUGACGCUCAGCUUGACGCCCAGCUUGCCUCCUCUUAUACAAUGGUGAAGAUUGAUACUGAGACCAAGCCUUUCCCGCUCGUCAACGCCCAGAAGCAGAAAGUUCCUACCACCGUGCCGCCACCUGCAUCUGCUAUGGUCCCAACCCCUGUCCCAACUCAGCAGCCAGCUCCCAACUCACCACCUGCUCAGAAUCCCUUCAUAGGGCGGUAG